AUGAUGAGUAUUGCCCCAUUUUGUUGAACCAAUUCAAGUCACGAGAGUGCAUGAAGUUUGAGACAUUUGAUGCCGCUUUAGAUGAAUUUUAUAGCAAGAUUGAAAGCCAACGAUCAGAACAGCAGCAGAGGUCAAAAGAGGACUCGGCCAUGCAGAAACUAAACAAGAUACGCUUGGAUCAGGAAAAUCGUGUAUUUACACUGAAGAAAGAAGUGGACCAUUCCAUUAAAAUGGCGGAAUUAAUUGAAUAUAACUUGGAAGAUGUUGAUGCCGCCAUCUUAGCUGUUCGUGUUGCUCUUGCAAAAGGAAUGUCUUGGGAUGAUCUUGUACGAAUGGUGAAGGAAGAGAAGAGAGCUGGAAAUCCUAUUGCUGGUCUCAUUGACAAACUCCAUCUUGAAAGAAAUUGCAUUACGUUGUUGCUGAGCAAUAACUUGGAUGAAAUGGAUGAAGAUGAAAAAACUUGCCCAGUUGACAAGGUAGAAGUAGAUUUAGCACUAUCUGCUCAUGCAAAUGCUCGGAGUUGGUAUGAACUAAAAAAGAAACAGGAGUUCAAACAAGAAAAAACUCUAACAGCUCAUGAGAAAGCUUUCAAAGCAGCUGAAAAGAAGACACGUCUUCAGCUUGCUCAGGAAAAGACAGUUGCCGCAAUUUCUCACAUGCGCAAAGUUCACUGGUUUGAGAAAUUCAACUGGUUUAUCAGCAGUGAAAAUUAUUUGAUCAUUAGUGGUAGAGAUGCUCAACAGAAUGAGAUGAUAGUUAAGCGAUAUAUGUCAAAAAGUGAUUUGUGAGUGUUACAUUCAUGUUUGCUGUUCGAAUUUUAAAAGUUUUCACUGUCCUUCAUUGAUGGUGUAUAGUUUCAUGCUUCCAUUCUCAGAAAGCCAUUUAACCAAAUCAUCAUUUUUCUAAAUCGGUCAGCUGUAUCAGAGCAAACCAUCUACUUGGGUUUUAUGCACUGAAAUAUGUUAGUUUUGUGAUUGUGAUUGGAACCAAGAUAAAUUUUUAGUGAAAUUAGGGCA